CCGAUCGUCCCUCCACCUUCAUUCCACUCAAUUGCCUCCCCCCACCAUGUCGACGGCCCUCACCACCACUGACCUGCAAGGCGCCCUGCCGCUCAUUGCCCGCGGCAAGGUCCGCGACCUGUACGAAGUCGACGAAAAGACCCUGCUGUUCGUCGCGUCGGACCGCAUCUCCGCCUACGAUGUGAUCAUGGAGAAUGGCGUCCCCAACAAAGGCAUCCUCCUCACGCUGUGCACACAGCACUGGUUCCGGGUCCUCACGGCCGCCGUGCCCUCGCUGCGCACCCACUUCCUGACCCUCGACCUGCCCCCGCAAGUGCCCGAGUCGCUGCGCCCGACCCUCCAGAACCGCAGCAUGCAGGUGCGCAAGCUCAAGAUCCUGCCCCUCGAAGCCAUCGUCCGCGGCUACAUCACCGGCUCCGCCUGGAACGAGUACAAGAAGUCCGGCACCGUGCACGGCAUCCCCGUUGCGCCGGGUCUGCAGGAAAGUCAGGCCUUCCCGGAUGGUCCGAUCUAUACGCCGAGCACGAAGGCCGAGCAGGGUGAUCAUGAUGAGAAUAUUCAUCCGGAUCAGGCUGUGGCGAUUGUGGGCGAGACCUACGCCUCGAUCAUCGCCUCGUUGGCGGUGGAACUGUACAAGACGGCUCAUGCGUAUGCGCUGGAGCGCGGCGUGAUCAUCGCGGACACCAAGUUCGAGUUCGGACUGGACCUGGAGACGAAUGAGGUGGUGCUGGCGGACGAGGUGCUGACGCCGGACUCGUCGCGGUUCUGGCCCAAGGAUCUGUACGCCGUCGGACGGGGACAGCAGAGCUUCGACAAGCAGUAUCUGCGGGACUGGCUGGUGCGGGAAGGUCUGAAGGGCAAGGAGGGCGUUCGGAUGAGCGACGAGGUGGCGCAGAAGACGAGCGAGAAGUACAAGGAGGCGUGGGAGAAGUUGACGGGGGGAAACUAA